UAUUAGGUUAUCCAUCCUGCCAUCUAAAAUGCAUUUCUUCACUAAAUACAUUUUGAUAUUUCACAGCAGAAGAUUUAUUCAAUAUAUUAAAUCAAAAUGAAUCAUUUAACUACUUCAGUUUCAUGAUCCAGCCAUUGUACACCGUUGUUUGUCCUACUGCUGGGGUCCCUCUGAUGACAGCUCCAAUGUCAAUGAGCAUCACAAUUUUUUCAUCAGUAUUGUCUGACUUUCAAAACUCACUUGGUCGAUCAGUUUGCUCCGAGUUUAUAGCCUGUUUUUAAAGGGUGUUACACUUAAUUGUCAUCUAAAGUGUAAAACCAAUUAGAUGUAAUAUGUUACGGAUCCUGCACACGUUAAUUUCUGUCGAUAAAUCGUGACGCGUAAAAUCAGCAAAAUGUCUCUGCUGUGCUGAGAGGUUGCCGUGGGAACGUUAUAACGGAGCCCGCUGGCAUCUUCCGGGGCAGGUGAGGGCGCUGUCUGGAGCGCGGCCUCCAUCCUGUCCAGCAAGCUCCGUUGCCUACGUCACCACAUUCCACUGAAUGCGAUGGAACAGCGUGUAAAAACGUAAAGGUGGCCUCAGAAGUCACUGCCAGAAACAUAUGCAAGAUGAGGGAAGCGGCAGUCCUGCUCACGUCGCGUGUGGUUGUGUGUCUCCUCCUGAGCGUCAGUCAGGCCGCCAGACAAGGACAGGACAUCAGAUGUGGAGCGUGCAGGGCUCUGGUAGACGAGAUGGAAUGGGCCAUCUCCCAGAUAGACCCAAAGAAAAUGACCCAGACGGGAUCCUUCCGGAUCAACCCAGACGGCAGCCAGUCCAUUCGAGAGGUUCCUUUGGCUCGCUCAGAGGGAAACCUUCUUGAGCUGAUGGAGACUGUGUGUGAGAGGAUGGGGGACUAUGGCGAGAGCACAGAUUCUUCCACAGACAGGAAAUCCUACAUUAGGAUAAGGUCUCGGAGCGCUGAGGCCAUGGACCUCUCAGAGGCCACGCUGGAUUCCAGAGUUACAGGCAGUUUAAAAUUUGCAUGUGAAACAACUGUUGAGCAGCAUGAAGAUGAAGUCAUUGAAUUCUUCGCUCAUGAGACAGAAAAUGUCAAAGACAAACUCUGCAGCAAAAGGACAGACCUCUGUGACCACGCUCUGAAAAUGCCCCACGAUGAACUUUGAUAUCAUCUCGCCACGGCUGCUGUCUUUUGUCAGCCGGAGUGGAGACGAGACGAUGGGUGCUGUACUGUUUUCAGUUGUCUCUUUAUCACCGGUUUCGCCAUAGCAGUAAUAAGAGAUGUAUCCAAAUUAUUAUGUAAGAUAAUAGAAAAUCCACCUGAAGAUAAGUCUUGUUCCUGUGAUCUGUGACAAUUUAAGGACCAGUUUGACAGUUUUAGCUGCAUCACUUUGGACUAUCUUGUCACUUGUUUAUAUACUGUAAGUUAUUAUGCUUUUUAAUAUUCUGCGUUUCAUAUAAAAGCCCUUUUCUGGCCUUAAAUUGCUCUUCACAUAAAAUGGAAACUGUGAAAAAAAGUUUUUUUUCAGGAUUUCUUACAGGAUUAAUUGUGUAUACACAGUAAACAUUCUAAUUUAAGACAAGUACACAGAGAUCAGGUUGAAAUUUGGUCAAGUGGUCCUAAAGUCCAUAUUAAUUUACAUUGAUUUAGUCUUUCUCAAAGCCAGUGAUGCCAUUAGUGUAGUUUAUGCAUAGUGAAUGGAUAACCAUAGUGCCCGCUCACCAAUGAAAGCAAUUUGAUGCCAAAUUAUACUUUCAGUUCUAGUUUUAGUUUGUAAUGAUCACCAAUAUGUAUUGAACUGUCUAAGAUAACAGGAAUAACUUGUUUUGGUUGAAUAUUUCAUGAGGUAAAAAUGAAAAGUUAAAAACACAUUAUAUAAGAUCAGAAAUAAAGAUUUUGUGUGGAAUUAGUUUCCCUGUUGUCCAAGUGGUGAAAUAUGCCUUUAUUUCUAAACAAAUGUAAAGUCGCACUCUUCAAACAUUGAUCCUCUUUCACCAUUAGCCCAGUGGUAUUGAUACUGUUGAUGUAAAAAUGACUUGCAGUUUAGAAAACGGAUACAAUGUUGCUGCUUAUGUGGGUGUGUUGAUGCUGGAAAUGAACUGAUCACACGUUUUCUUUCCAAAUUAUGGAGCCGUUAAAAGUUGAAGCCAAGUCAAAAAAAUGUAAGGACAGAAGAAACUUUCUAAAGUUCUGAACAACUCCAAUCACUGCCUUUUCUAAAAGUAUGAAUUGAAACUUAACUUUGAAGCGUUAAGCAGGAUCUACACUUUACAACACUCCCAAAGACUCCUUUUUGUCGAACACAUUUUUGAAUUGUAAAUAGGCUGACAUGUUUGGGUAAAUGUUAACUAAUUGUUUCUGAAAAUGGCUACUUUCCCUCCAUGCUGCACUCCUGAUCCUGAGCAGAAAAUAGCUUUAUAGCUAAGAUAUAACAAUAGUUUAUAGCUUCGAGAGUAGGCAAAUGAAACAGCUCCUUUUCAAUAAAUACUACAUCUGCAA